AUGGGCUUUCUCUUCACCCCUAAGCACCAGAAAUUGGUGAAUCAGUGUUAUCCACCAGGCCGAACUCCCGAUAAGAAGCCAAAAGGGUCAGAGACUUCGUACUUGUUAUAUUAUGUUAAUUCGAGACGUCCAAAAUUGGAAAAGGUCAGCAGUUACCUUGUGAAGAGGUCGACAACGGAUUUGAACAGAAGACGUUCCGGUAAUGUCUCUGUCACUCUAGAGCUACUGGCUAAAAUCGUCGAGAAUUGUAAUGAAAACAUGAAUAUUUUCAUCAAAGAUUUCAUCCACAUUAUGACUUUAGUGUUGAACAACAACAAUUUUAACAAUGAUCCAACUAUUGUUGGUUUGAUUGAAAGAGUUUUAGAAGCUAUUUGUAACCAUUUGGAUGGGUCUCUUGUAAGUGGGGACUCUGAGUUUUUAGAAUUGUUCAAAAACUUCGUAACCCUGUACUUCAAAGUUGCUAACACUAAACUUAAUGACACAGAUUUGGUUUUGAAAGGUUGCUUAGACUUUUCAAAGAUCUCAAACUUGGGAAGCAUUCACCAAUGGUCUGCUACAGCCAAAAACUGCGUUUCUAUUGCAUUAACGAAGUUCCAAGAAAGGCAUCCAAUAUAUAGUGAGGCUACCAUUGACUCUUCAUUUUCUGAACCAGGUUCUCCAGCGUUGAAGAAGAAACUCACUAGAACACAAACUAAAGUGAUGGGUCUAGAUGAUGUUUCGAACACAGGGGAUUAUUCAAUUCUGGCUUUGAAUACUUUUUUCAAUACCACAGAAACAGAUAAGUUGACAAUCGGUUUACAUGCACUAAUCGAACAUUUAUUAGAGACUCCGAACAAGGAAUUAUUGCAAUUUAUCUGCAAUGGUAUUCCGGUUCAGUUGAGAUACAUUGUUAUCCUUUUAUUCGUAAGGCCGUUGGGAACUAGCUCCGAGAAAAACAUGUUAUUGAUCUUAAAACUAAUAUCCAGUCUAUUAACUUCAGCUGUCAGUAUCAUAGGUUUAUCAGUGAUUGAUAUCUUGAGAAGACUAAUCACUGUUCAGCUAGCAAAAUCGGAUUCAACUACUGUAGUUAAACAGAUUGCUGUGACGAUUAAAGAUUUAAAUCGCAAAACAUACUACAAACAGCAAUCAUCUGAUAUGUUUGCCGAAUUGAGUUUUAAAUUUAUCGAAAGCGGAAAGCCACAUCACCUUGAAUUAUUCCAGCUAGAUUUGGACUCCUUGAUAUCUGUUACUAGUGACCAAUGUCUAGAUCUUGAUUUAUUUGGCGAGUUUUUGCCAUAUGUCACUGACAAAACGCAGUUAUCAAAACUUUUGUAUCCAGAAGCUCCACAUCAAGUUAUCUUUAUCAGAUUCUUUGAGAAAGUAUCUACUUUAUCAAAACAAGAUACUGAAAUUGCCAUAUCAACCUCUUUUGCAUAUUAUAAAGCAGCCUCUCUUCUUUCAGGUUUGGCCUACUAUGUCAACAACAAUCGACCUUCAGACGGUUACUAUGCCUAUCAUCAUCAUGCUUCAAAGUUUCUAGGACUAGCAGAUUACCAAACUCAAGUUGAGUUUAAAAGAAAAGACAAUGACAUCUUCACCAAGGAAGACUUGUUGAAUUACUACUCAGAUGCAGGUUCCAAUAUCUACUCAGAGAAGGGUAGAGACAUUCUAUUGGUUGAUCAUUCUGACCAAAAUGGUACUGAUAUCGAUCAGGACACGGUUCGAUACUCAACACCAAUCCCGUUGCCACAAAUUAGCAUACCCCCAACCACUACAAAUGGCAUUGGCAUAAAAAAAUCAUCGCCAGCUAAUGAUACAUACGUUACAAGAUCUCUGAAACAUAAUCCCGUUCCGAACGUAAAAGACUUGAAGAAUUUGGUCUCUUCUAAAAAAGAUAAAAGUAAUACAAAAACGUUACGUGGUUCACAAUCGGUGAAAUCAAAAGUCACAAACAUAACAUUCCUAUUAGAUGAAUUAAAGAACGAUGGCGAUGAAAUUAAAAUUGCCGACCCAGAUGAAGAAGACAUUAUUGGAAUGGAAAAACAAGAUCUUGCAAGAUCUUAUUCCUUAAGAAUGAAUACCAUCAGUAGCACGAAUUCCAGGACAUUAAUACCGUCAGUAGAAAAUGCAGAGGAACAUGGUGAUGAUUUCAGAGAUGCUCAUGAAGAUAUAGAGGUCUCAUCUUCUACCAGAGGUAGGUUAUUUAUGGUCUAA